CAGCUCUCUCCCCCGGCCCCCAAACUCACACGCCUCUCCCUGGCCAUUGCUGCUUCUUUGCUCCAGGUGUGAAGCGUAUGUGGGUCCCCAACAACCGCUUGCCCCCCUGCACACUGCGCCAGGCCCUCACCUACUUUCUGGACAUCACCACUGUCCCCAGCCCCCAGCUGCUGCAGCUCUUGGCCACCCUGGCAGAAGACCGGGCCGAACAGGAGAAGCUGCAGCGCCUCAGCCAGGACUCCCUUCUCUACGAGGAGUGGAAGUGGUUUCGCUGCCCCACGGUGGUGGAGCUGCUAGAGGAGUUCCCCUCGGUGGCCCUGCCCACCUCACUGCUCCUCACCCAGCUGCCCCUGCUGCAGGCCCGCCAGUACUCCAUCAGCUCCGCGCCAGACGCCCACCCGGGAGAGCUGCACCUCACCGUCGCCGUGCUCAACUACCACAGCCAGGAUGGAAAGGGCCCCAUGCACUAUGGAGUGUGCUCCACGUGGCUGUCCCAGCUGUCCCCUGGCGAGAUGGUGCCGGCGUUUGUCCGAAGCGCUCCAAGCUUCCAGCUGCCGGAGGACCCCACAGCUCCCUGUAUCUUGGUGGGGCCUGGCACCGGCAUUGCCCCCUUCCGGGGUUUCUGGCAGCAACGGCAGCACGAAAUUGAGACCAGAGGCCUGCCCUCGAGCGAGAUGACCUUGGUCUUCGGCUGCCGCAGCUCCCGCCAUGACCACAUCUACUGCGAGGAGAUCCGAGAGGCGCAAGAAAAAGGGGCUCUGAGCCGCGUCCUCACCGGCUUCUCCCGGGACCCGGAUUACCCCAAGACCUAUGUCCAGGACUUGCUGAGGAUGCAGCUGGCGGGGUACGUCUUCAAGGUCCUGAGCCAGCAGGAGGGCCACGUGUACGUCUGUGGGGAUGUCACCAUGGCCACCGGCGUCCUGCAAACCGUCCAGCAAAUCCUGGCUAACGAAGGAAGGAUGUCGCUUGUUGAGGCAGGCGACCUGAUCAGCGAACUCCGGGACCGAAACCGCUACCACGAAGACAUCUUUGGGCUGACCUUCCGCGCACAGGAAGUGGCAUCGCGCAUCCGAAGCCUGUCUUUCUCCAAGCAGGGCCGCAAGAGCUCCCUCCUGGUGGACCCCUGAGCCCCGCUGUCUUACGACCCCCCCUUUUCUAGACUUCCAUUAAAGCCUUUGUUUCGACA